AUGAUCGCCCCCGAAGGCGCUAUUCACGAGUACGAUGCAAAACUCCUUCUGGCGUAUUGGCUAGAACGCGCCCCAGCGAUCUCGAAAACCGCGACUGUCUCCUCCAACUUUAUCUACCCAUCCCCAAAAGUCGCCCAGAUCUCCUGGGACCCUGAAACUGGCGCGAUCACGCCAGAUACUCAGCUCCCUUCAUGGGUCUUUACUUCCAAACUAGUUGCCAAACCUGAUCAAUUGAUCAAGCGACGCGGAAAGAGUGGGCUGCUCCUUCUCAACAAAGAGUGGGAACAAGCCAAGGAAUGGAUUGCUGCACGAGCCGGCAAGGAGGUGCAGGUCGAGUCGACGAAGGGAACCCUCAAAAACUUUAUUGUCGAACCAUUCCUUCCUCAUUCGUCGGAAACAGAAUACUAUGUCUGUAUCAAUUCUGCUCGUGAGGGUGACAAUAUCUUGUUCACUCAUGAAGGUGGUAUCGAAGUUGGUGAUGUCGAUGCAAAGGCCCUCAAGCUCCUCAUCCCCGUCAACCAGCCAUUCCCAACUCGCGAGGAGAUCAAGUCAUGUCUCUUGACUCAUGUACCUCCAGAGAAACAAGAUACCCUUGUUGACUUCCUCAUUCGCCUCUACUCCGUAUACGUCGACCUUCACUUCGCAUAUCUCGAAAUCAAUCCUCUCGUCUGCCUUGAUGGUGCCAAUGGUAACCCACCGACCAUCCACUAUUUGGACAUGGCUGCCAAACUUGACCAGACAGCCGACUUUAUCUGUGGUCCUAAAUGGGCGAUUGCGCGUGAUUUGAGUGUAUACGACCAAGCCGCCACUGCCGCCGCAAAGAAAGGAGCUGUCGGUGCUGACCGUGGACCACCCAUGGUGUGGCCAGCUCCAUUCGGCCGAGAUCUUACCAGGGAGGAAGCUUAUAUCCAGAAACUCGAUGGAUCUACUGGAGCCUCCCUCAAGCUUACGGUAUUGAAUGCCGGGGGGCGUAUCUGGACGAUGGUUGCGGGUGGUGGUGCUUCCGUCGUUUACUCUGAUGCCAACGUCGGUGGUGCUUGUGGAGAUCCUUUGGCCGCUUCGCAAAACUUUGAGCCGCUGUCUUACACAAAUGACUAUCUCAGUGACAAGCCACUCGAGAGUGUCUUUGGUUAUAUUUCUGUGCUCCCCGGUGCUUUCAGUGCCUAUCGCUACAAGGCAUUGCUCAACGGCCCCAACGGAAAGGGUCCAUUGGACUCGUACUUUAAGGGUGAAACCAUGCACGGAGAUGGCCCCAACAAAGCCGGCCUGUUCGGUGAGUUACGAUCACUGUCUCUAGCACGUCUCUGCUUCGAGAUCGUCACGAAGAAGAAGGAGGGCUGGGUACUGAAAUAUGUCAAGUCAGCCAAGGCGUCAACCGAUGUCCCAACCACCAUUGCCGAGUUCAUCUCCCAACGUCGUCGAUGGCUCAACGGUUCUCUAUUCGCCGCCCUCCACGCCACAGUGUACAUGCUCCGUAUCUGGACUUCUGGUCAAGGCUUCUUCCGCAAGAUCAUCCUUCAAUUCGAGUUUAUCUAUAACGCCAUCCAGCUCUUCUUCAGUUGGACCUCGUUGGCCAACUUCUACCUCGCCUUCUUCUUUUUGGUUCAAUCUGCUACCUCGUCGAACGACGGUGCCUUCUCUUUCAUGGGUGUCAAUGGCAUUGGUCCGAUCAUCUUUGAAGUCCUUCUCAAGCUUUACAUUGCGAUUUUGUUCGUUGUCACCGUCUGCUCCCUCGGUAAUCGACCGCAAGGUUCAAAGUAUACAUAUGGCAUGGCUAUCAUUAUGUUCGGUAUCUGUAACGUCAUUGCUCUCUGGUGCGCGGCAUACACCGUGUAUCUACAAGCUCCAAAGUCAGCCCAAGAAUGGUCACAAUUCGGACAUCACGACGUUUCAUGGGGUACCAAAGGUGACAAUGGCUCCUCCAAGGACCUCGGUGGUGCCAAGAAGGUCGCAAACAAGGAAGGCCACGAUGUCUUUGAAGCCCGCGAGGAUGUCGACCGAGUCUGGGCUGCCAGCAAAGCUGCUUUGAGGAACAAGCCCCAAGAGGAGAAGCAACACCGUGAUGCCGCCACCAAGCAAGCCGAUGCCGACCGUAACAGCCGUACCAACACUGUGCUCGCUUGGAUUGGUACAAACAUGCUCAUGAUCCUCGUCUUCACAUCACAAGCCUUCCAAGAA